UCUCUCUCUCUCUCUCUCUCUCCUCAGAAGUUUGGGAGUAUGUUUGGAUAGAGAGAAAAUCUCCUGGAAUAGCUAUAGGAAAUGGCCACAAGUCUGCUACUAGCCCCUUCCCACCACCACUUGAACAACAAUACUCUCUUCUCUGCUUCUACUUUCUUGGGUAGUCGCAAAUUCAACCACUUCUGCAAUUACCCUACCUCCAAAUCCAAUUUUAAUCGCUUCAGGGUCAGAGCAAUCAAAGAGAAAACAGAGGAAAUUAAGAACCCAUCUUCUUCUCCUUCAAAUUCUCCUUCUUCACCAGAGGAAAUCACAGAGAAAUAUGGCCUAGAAGUUGGUCUCUGGAAGAUAUUCAGUUCAAAAGAUGAAGGAAAAGAAGGCAAGGGAAACAAAUCAAAGGGCGAUCAAGCCAAGGAGCUCUUGGCAAAAUAUGGAGGAGCAUACCUGGCCACUUCCAUCACUCUCUCCUUGAUCUCCUUCGCACUCUGCUACGUGCUCAUCAGCGCUGGUGUCGAUGUCCAAUCUUUACUGCAAAAGGUGGGAAUCGUGACUAAUGAGACCGGGGAGAAAGUUGGGACUUUUGCAUUGGCAUAUGCUGCACACAAGGCUGCAUCUCCCAUAAGGUUUCCACCUACUGUCGCUCUCACCCCCAUUGUUGCUGGUUGGAUUGGGAAGAAAGUUGAUAAAGAGACAUGACUUCUUUUUGUACAAGUAUGUAUAUUGUAAUGUGAACUAUUUUAGUAUUUUGUUUUAAUUUGCAAAGAAUUUUAACCAUAGUUAUUACAUGAUAUAUUUUUCUCCUGCAACUCCCAUUUUGUGCCAAUGUAAACAAGCAGCAUAACAUCUUCCUGUUGGAGUAAAGGCCAUUGAAACACUAA